AUGGAUAGUUGGCGAGUAGCCGUGCUGGGUGAUGGAGGCGUAGGGAAGACAGCGCUAGCUGUUCAGUUCACACUUAACUGUUUCGUUGGUGAGCACAAUACGUGUCUAGCCUCCAGAUUGGCGCUGAGGACGAUCAUCAUUGCUCCUCCAUCUUGUAGAGGUUGGUUUUUCAAGGACACUGUUCCCAUCGCCGUUAAGGAUGCAUAUCGCAAGCAACUGGUGGUUGACAAACGAAUGUGCUUUGUGGAAGUGAUUGAUACGGCAGGUCAAGAGGAGUACGCCACACUGCGGGACCAAUGGGUUAGAGAAGGCCAAGGUUUUAUCCUGGUCUAUUCGAUCGCGUCGCGCGCGACAUUCGAACGACUCGAUGUAUUUCGGCAAGCGAUGCUGAAAGUCAAGCGACAGAAGCCGGUCUUUAUGCUCGUAGGCAAUAAAUGCGACAAGCAAUAUGAGCGUGAAGUAUCCCGAGACGAAGGCUUGGCGCUUGCGCGGAGCUUCGGCUGCGAUUUCCUAGAAACGUCUGCAAAAACGGCGGUCAACGUGGAGCGGUUAUUCGUAGACCUCGUUCGACUCCUCCGGCAGACAAAACAACAGGAGCAGGGGAUGCAGGGUCCACCUCGACCGCCGAAAGAUAAGGAGAAGAGAAAAGGAGGGAAGUGUAUUAUCAUGUAG